UUUGUAUAGUUUGGUCACAUUGCGUCUCGUCGUCGUGUACAAAAAUCAAUUACUAUUACUGCUGAAACUGAAUAUAUACGCAAAGCGUUUUCGCGAGUAAACAAAAACGGCAGUCAACUACAAUUAGCAAUAGAAGUUGUACGUGUACAAAUUAUAGUUGGCGCAAGAAGUAUUUGUUUGUUAAAUCAACGUAGCAAUACAUUUGGAAGGAAACAAAAUGCAGAUCAAGGAAUUCCGCGUGACUUUACCAUUAACCGUGGAUGAGUAUCAAGUAGCACAAUUAUUCUCAGUGGCAGAGGCGUCAAAGGAGAACACGGGAGGUGGCGAGGGCAUUGAGGUAUUAAAAAAUGAACCCUUCGAAAAUUAUCCAUUGUUGGGCGGCAAAUACAAUUCCGGUCAGUAUACAUAUAAGAUCUACCAUCUGCAAUCAAAAGUUCCAGCGUACAUAAGACUAUUGGCGCCCAAGGGCUCAUUGGAGAUACAUGAGGAGGCAUGGAAUGCUUAUCCUUAUUGUCGAACGAUUAUUACGAAUCCUGGCUAUAUGAAUCAGAACUUUGUAAUUUAUUGUGAUUCGCAUCAUUUUGCAAACGAUCUUGGCGAUUUGCCUAAUGUUCAUGAACUGACGCCCGAUAAGCUGAAAGUGCGCGAAGUUGUUCACAUCGACAUUGCCAAUGAUCCGAUUCUGCCCGCUGACUAUAAGCCCGAAGAGGAUCCAACCACCUACCAAUCGAAGAAAACUGGUCGUGGUCCUUUAGUGGGCGCUGAUUGGCGAAAACGCGUUGAUCCUGUGAUGACCUGCUAUAAGCUGGUCACGUGUGAGUUCAAAUGGUUUGGUCUGCAGACAAGAGUAGAGAAUUUCAUACAAAAGUCCGAGCGACGUCUCUUCACAAACUUCCAUCGCCAAGUUUUCUGUUCAACUGAUCGCUGGUUCGGUCUAACAAUGGAGGACAUUCGCGCCAUUGAGGAAAAGGUCAAGGAUGAGCUUGACAAGGCGCGUCUGGUGGGCGAGGUGCGGGGCAUGCGUGCGGAUGGUGAUUAAAUUUAGUAGACAAUUAACAAAGCCAGAUAUGUAAAUGUAAAAAAAACACACAAGAAAAACAAAAUGCAAUGAAAUGGUAAAAAGAGCAUAAAUAAAUUUAAAAAGGAAAACUUAACUAAAAUGCGAUUGGAAAAAAGGAAACGAAUACGAUAAAAUAAUUGCCGACAAGAGAAGGAAGAACAACAAAAACACCAAGUGUAUAACAACAACAAACAAAAAAAAUAAAAAAAACAACAGCAAA